ACAGCUCGGGGCCAUGCCUGCCGCCAAGAAGCAGAACGACAAGAAUGUCAACUGGAAGCAGGCGUGUCGAAACAGGUGCAGCGUCCGCCUGUUGCUGGGCUACGCGGCACCCCUACUCUUGACGCCUGCGGCAGUCGUCAACAGCGACAUGGUGUGGUGCCUGUCGCUGGGUCUGCUGAUAGUCACGUGGACUCUCCUGGGCACCGUGCCGGUGCCGCUCACCUGGCUGCUUCCCUUCUUCGUCCUUCCCCUGGCGGGCGUCACCUCCAUCUCGGACCUCUCCCACAUGUUCAUGGAGGACAGCCUGGUGAUCCUGUUGCUCGGCAUGAACGCACUGGUGGCCUUGGGCGAGGAGACGGCGCUGUGCUCGCGAGUGGCGCUGUACGUGAUCGAGGCGUUCGGACUGCGACUGCGCGGCAUCCUGCUCGGCAUCACGGGCGUCACCUUCCUGUCGGCGCAGCUCCUGAUGGGCGGCUCGGCCACGCUGCUGAUGUGCGCCGUCGUCGAGGCCACCAUGUUCGAGCUGCAGCACGACAUCAUCGCAGCCACCAUCGCGCACGGCAAGCGACGAAACGUGCGCACCACCGUCGGCGAUGACGUGGUGAUGACGCCCGUGCACGUGAUGAUCAUCUCUCCGCGCAAGACGCCGUCUAGCGGUUCCUCCGCCGACGACGACGACGAAGACUUCGACGAGAUGGACGAGAGUAGCGAGGACGACGAAGAGGACCUGAGGCCCCGCGUCCUGGUGCCGUCCAUCGCUCCCUUCGACGCCCGGAAUCCGGGAGCCUACUACCAACUGCACGGGAGUGUGCCCGACGAUCCGAGAUACAUCGUUAGCAUGGACGCCGUCAUACCUGAGAUUGAGCAAAAUGAAGAUCCCAACGCGCCGAAGAAGAGCCCCAUACUGAGGCACCGAAACACGGCCAAGGUAUUCCUCCUGGAAGCGCACCGGUUCCACAAGAUCAAGAAGGCCCUGCUGAUCAACGUGGCGCACACCAGCGCCGUGGGAUGCAUGGCCACCAUCCUGGGAAGCACGUCGGGCCUCUACCUGCGGGACUAUUUCCACUUCACGUAUGGCUACGACGCCGUGACUGCGCUGUCGUGGACGCUGCUUGGUCUUCCCGUGGCCACCGUGUCCGUCCUGCUCUGCGCCUUCAUCACCUACUUCCUGUUCCUGCGGUCCUACGAUAUCCAGGAAGACAACGACACCCUGAACGUCAUCACCGAAAUCAUCAGGAAGAAACGAAAGUUCCUGGGCAAGCUUACGUGUAAGGAACGAAUCCUGGUGGCGGCGCUCGGCCUGCUGUUCGUUUGCUGCAUCACUAUCAGCGGCGUCAGCAGCCUGUUCGGACUCCAGGAGCAGCUGUCAAUCAAGUACGCCCACGAGUCGGUGAACGUGAUGGUGGUCGUGGUGCUGCUGUCUUUCCUGCCGCACGGUCCAAGGAAAGGGUCGGUGUUCGACUGGAACAAAGUGUUCGGUCGCCUCUCCUGGCGAGCCCUGCUUUCGGUGGGCGGUGGUCUCUCGCUCGCCGGAGCCGUAGAGUCCACGGGUCUGUCGCGGCGCAUUACCGAGAAUCUGAGCAGCCUGGACUUCCUCACGCCGCUGCAGACCCAAGUGGUGCUCAUCCUGCUGACCACGCUGCUCGCCGAGGUCAACACCAACGUGGUCAUCGCCAGGUUCCUCAUACCCAUCGCGUCGGACAUCGGCGUGCUCACCAACGUGCACCCGCUAUACUACGCCCUGCCCGUGGCCAUGGCGUCGUGCACGCCCACUGUGCUGCCCACGACGGCUCCCAGCAUCGCCGUCGUCACCUCGUCCAUGGACAUUCAAAUCGUCGACAUCCUGUACCCGGGCCUGGCCGUAAAGCUGAGUUCCAUCCUGCUCGUGCUCGCCACGGUGAACACGGUCGGCGUCUCGCUCUUCUCCCUCAGCGAUCUGCCCGCCUGGGCCGUCGCCAAGAACGGCAUCAUGGCGGGCACGCUCACUAACGCCAGUGGCGCCGGCUAGCGGCGUUUCUCUGCGCUUCUGGCGUGUCGCCCGAAGACCGACGGCAGCGGACUUGGGAGGCCGCACCCACUUCGUCGGUCACCGUGACUCGGCAACUCUUGGCCUCCUCCUGACGCCUCCACCGAUUGGCAGCCGCAGUUCACAAGAACGACUGUUUUUACUUUAUAUAUUUUUUGUUUUUAUUUUACGUUAUAUUCGACCUCUUUUUGGGUUUUCUCAUCCACGAAAGGGUUUCUUCGUGCAAUAUAAUGUUUAUUUAAUCAUGUUUUCCGUUAGUGAAACCACUUAAC